CAGUUCAAGCAAAUGACUUCUAAAUACGAAGAUGUUCUAAGAAGGGCAAGGAAUCUCAAGAGAGACACAAGGGUGGAAGUGUACUCGAACAUCGACAAUCGAAGAAACCUUAUAAUUGCACAACGAUCACAAGGCAUGUGGCUAGUCCAGCUUCCCGAGCGUAAUGAAUCGCAUAAGAUGGAGAAGUCAUCCAUAAUGAAGAAAGAGAUCAUGAAGAGAGCGAACUCAGAAAAUGCGAGAAAUGAUUAUGUGAAGGAGCCUUAUAUUAAGGGCCUGCAUAAACAAUUUUCUCAGAAAGGACUUACCAACAGAAGCACCUCAACAAGGCCGAGGCCCGUCGCCCUCAAACUCCACCCGCACUGCCAUGAAACCGCCGCAAAUCCAGCCGAGGCGCCUCGAUUUUCCAAGAAUCUAAGCUCCCAAUCCUUAAAUGCAGAUCAUGUAUCCCUGCUCGCCUUACUGUAUCUCUUGUUGGCUGUGCCUCUGCCGCAGAAGAAAGCUUCUGCGAGGAAACACCUUCAGGAGGCGGCAAAGGAGGGGGAGGGUUUGAGCAUGAGAAGCAAGAGGAGAUUGUGAGCUCUCCCUUUGAUGGAGAAAUGGAGGAAUUUCCGCCAUGGUUGAAUGAGGUUUGAAGAUGCAAUAUGUUCUUGAUUGUCAUCAACGAUGUCCUCUAAAUGAAAGGCUUACUUUGUAGUUUAAUUCCUGUUAUUAUGUUUAUUUUCAUAAAAUUGUGUAUGUAGGAACUAUGAUAUUAGAUCCCUCAUUCUUAGCAUAGUUAUUAUGUUUAUUUUUGUUGGGUAUCAGUGGUGCACACACAAACUUCACAUUAGUAUGAUAUUAUCCGCUUUGAGCAAA